AGUUCUUUUGCCAUCCCUACAUGUCAGAGAGAUAGGCAUGUAUAGCAGUGAGGACUGCGACAUCAUAAUGGGCCAAGAUCGGAGCUUGGCCGACAUGCCUUGCUCCCUUCCUCUGGAGACUUCCAGUAGCGACUCUCUGGUGUCUAUUGCAGACUCCUCUUUCUCCUCUAUUAGUGGAGAUGAUGCAGGGUUAUUGACUGAGUUGACAAAGCUAUCCCAGUCUGGAGUUGCUCUGACUGGUGGGAGUUGCUGCUACACUCUGCAGUAUGGCGGCGAAGUGGCAAGGGCAGGAAACUGCCUUUUUGACGCCCUUGCGCUUGCGCUCGGUGGCUUUGAAAGCGGUUCAGAGGUCAGAGCUCGGUGUGUUGCACAAUUCCGCAAACUCAUGCAGAAGAACGUUCUGUUAGAAGGCAUUGAGCAACGGAUUGCAAACCAGUAUGCGCCGGACAUAACCUGCGGAUGGGGUGUGGAGUGUGUUCAGGAACACAAAUUAUUGAUCCGAUUUGGGGACCUGGCACAAGCGGAGGCUGCGAUAGCAGAGCGCACAGAUGCUGGCUUGGACUGGACUAAUGCAGCCGGGACAGUGUAUGAGGAACUUGGGGAGAAGGUGGAUGACCUGGCGAGCUGGGGGCGCUACAUGGCGCUGGAUGGGAGCCAGCGGGAUGACUGCUGCGUAGUCACCCUGCAGUACGUGGAGGAGGGCCUGCUGUCAGUGGAGAUCUCCGAGGGCCAGGGGUCCUUUGGCGAUGACCUGGCAAUCGAAGUGCUGGCUACACAGUACCACCGAGAAAUCUAUGUGGUGCAAGCACAUGGAGGGGGCUUUGAUGAGGAGCCUGCGCUGUUCUUCCUACCGCACAAGCCUUUGACAGAGCAGCAUGAUGCUGAGCACCUGCCACCCGUCUUCCUGCUGAUGAAGGGGUCAGACUGGAGAUGCUGCGGCGCAGAUCACUAUGACCCUCUCAUCGCACAGAAGCGCAUGUUGACAGACGGCGCAAAGCCAUACAUCACUCUCUAG